GAGACGUACGUCCAAAAAGGUUGGAGGAAAUGCAAAGAGCAGCCUAUAGUGCCUCUCGGCGUCGUACUCACGUGCAUGGCUUUCCUCGGAGCGACACGCUCCAUGCGCACGGGGAACAAAGCCUCCUUCAACCGCUAUCUCCGAUUCCGCGUCGUAGCGCAAGGCGUCACCGUCCUAGGGUGCGUCGCCGGUGCCUGGUGGAUCGGCCGCGAAGCCCGGCUGGAAGGGAUGAAGUUGGAGCGAGAA